UUGAUUAAUUACCGAGCUUGGAAGAUGCGGUGAAAUAACUUGGUGUGCAGCGCAAGAACCUUGAACGUGCUUUUCUUUUGUCUAAUUCUGUUUACAGCAUCAGGCGAAUGGUUAUGCUACAGUACAGAUGUAAAGCGUGCCUUUUGGCAAUUAUACAGCUCGCCGCCAUUUCAGGAACAUUUUCAAGAGCACCAUACUUUAUUGAAGAACCCUCAGAUAUAUACGUCAAAAAGGGGAGACCAGCAGAACUACAUUGUCGAGUAGGAGGAACUCCAAAACCCAGUAUAAUAUGGAAAAGAAAUGGCAAUAACUUGGAUUUGACUAGCGACAGUAGAAGAAGGAUUACAGCAAAUGGAUCUCUAUAUUUUUCAGAAAUUAUUCACAAUAAGACUCAGAAGCCAGAUGAAGGGAUCUAUCAAUGUGCAGCAUCUUCAAGAAUUCAGAGUUUUGAUCAUGAAGUUUUAAGCAGAACUGCUCGUGUUAUUGUUGCUGGUAUUUCUUCCAAGGUGUCUGUCAUUUCCCCAUAUUCAAGGAAAGUUCCACUUGGGGAUACAUCAAGAUUUUUCUGUAGUGUAAAGCAUUCAGCACCCAAAGCUGUGAUAAGUUGGAGAAAGAAAGGUGAAAAUGGCACAAUUUCAUCUGGAAAACAUUACACUUUGAUUCCAAAUGGAGCUCUACAAAUAAGGAAUAUCAGAUUUGAGGAAGGAGGAGAUUAUGAGUGCAUUGCUGAGAAUUUAUUCACCAACAAGAGGCAUACUAGCACAGACACAGGAUUUAUUGAAGUUCUACCUGAUACUGGGUUUUCGCGCCGUCCUCGUGUUGAAGUAAAACCUAAGGACACAGUGGCGGUUCUUGGCAGUGAGGUAGUCCUUGAAUGCAUAGCAAAUGGAUCUCCUAAACCACGAGUAACUUGGCUGAAAAAUGGCUCACCUGUGUGGCUUGGAAAAGACUACUCAAUUUUAGGAGAGAGUAACCUCAUAAUUAAGUCUGUAACUGUAGCACAUGCAGGAAACUACACUUGUCGAGCAGUGGCUGACUUUAGGAAAGAGGAAGCUUCAGCUAAAUUGGAAGUACAUUAUGCUCCUGUUUUCUCCAUGAAACCAAGUGAUGUUCAUGCUCAUAGUGGAUCAGAUGUAAGAUUCAAAUGCUCAGCACAUGGAAUACCCAAACCAACAAUCACGUGGAGCAAAAAUGGAGUUGGUGUUGGUGGUGAUUACAUUGUAGUUGGAGAUGGCUUUAUGUUAGUGAAAGAUUUGGUCUUCUGGGAUGCUGCUGUCUAUCAAUGCUUUGCAGAGAACUAUUUAGGAAAAGUACAAGCCUCAGCAAACCUUUUUGUGUACAGGAAAGGAGAACGUCUUCCAACUACUACAGCUCCACCAACAACAACACAAGCAACAACUGUCAGACAAACAACAACCACACCUACACCUAAACCAAGAGUACCUGAGAAACCAGAAAAUGUUGUAGCCAUUGCUCGUUCAGACACUGAAAUACUACUGACCUGGGAACCUCCAAAGGCUACUAAUGGAGAGAUUCAGCAUUACAGAAUCUUUUAUAGUGUGUUCAACCCAAGUGAUGAUAGCAUACAGUUCAAACCUGUGAGCACACCUGGAGACCAACUUAAAAAGUCCUUUCCUGGCCUCAUACCUGAUACAAAAUACCGUUUCAAUGUCUUUGCCGUGAAUGAGGCUGGUGCAGGAGCUAUUUCAGAUGAGGUUACAGCCAGUACAUAUCCCAGUUCACAAGUCCCAGGAAAACCUCAAAACUUAGUAGCUGAGGCAGAGUCUGAUUCUUCAAUUAGGGUCACAUGGUCAGAGCCAGAUACAGGGCCCAGCUCAGUACUCAGAUACCACAUUAUGUACAAGAAAGCUGGCACUAAUGGAGAGAUGCAUGAGAGCACAAAGCAACAAACAAGGGUCUUGCGCUACCUUGAUACCUACACCAAGUAUAUCAUCGAGGUCUAUGCAGUGAAUAAGCGAGAGAUGGCUGGUGCCAAAGCAACAACAGAAGCAACAACUAAAGGAGGAGUUCCAAGAGUACCACCAACUGACUUUGUACUAAAACCUGACAGUACAGGAAAAGGAUUGAUAGCAACUUGGAAGGCCCCAGACCCAACCAAAGUGAAUGGAAGAGUAUCAUUUUACAAGAUUAUAUUCAGGAAAGUUGGAAGUAAACUGGAGAACACAACUGAAGAUAUUCCAGCUGACAAAGAGACCUACACCAUUGAAGAUUUAAUGCCAAGCACUAGAUAUGAAGCCAUCAUUGCUGCUGGUACUGAUUCUGGUAUAGGAGAGUACACAAAGGAUUGGGUGAGGGCAAGCACAAAUGUCAGUAAAUGUGAAGAGGAUACAACACCAGGGAAACCAACAUUUAAAAAGGCAAAGGUGCUUUCCACUACCAUUUUGGUAAGCUGGAAGCCACCAGAUAAUUCUGGCUUGGUCUGCGUUUCAAGCUACGAAAUUAGAUGGGGAGAAAAUGCCCCUUUCCAAUAUGAUCCACGACGCCUGAAAGGAGACCAAACGGAGUAUCUCAUCAAGGGACUCAAGCCCAACAAGAAUUAUGUGAUUUUACUCAUUGCAAUCAACAGCAAAGGCAAUGGUCCUGAUGUCCAAACUAAAUUACAAACGUUAUCUGGAAUAGAAGAUACAAAGCCGGUGAAAAUUGUGGAAGCAGUCUCUUCAGAUCCAAGAGAAAUGCAGUUGUCAUGGAAAGAUGAGCAAGCAUCCAGUUCUGUGCCUAUAACUUAUCAUGUGUACCAUUCUCUGCGCAAAAAACUGACAUAUUGUGGAAAUACAACGGAUAAGAAAAUAAAAUGCUCCAGUUUGAAGCCGUGUACAGAAUAUACCUUUUAUGUGAGGCGAAAUGACGAGCAAGUAAAUGCUUCCAUCAGCAGUUUGACUUCAGAGGACAAACCCGGACCGCCCACUGACUUGACCGGAAACCCAGAUGAAGAGAACUUCACCCAACUGACGUUACACUGGCAGCCGCCGAAGGAACUGAAUGGGAACAUCACCAAGUACCGCAUCUUUUACUCUACAGAUCCGAAUACUCCUGUUAAGGACUGGAAAUCUGUACUUGUUGACGGAUCCAAACUUACAGAGAAAUUCACUGGCUUAGAACCUGGAACAACUUACUACUUUGAAAUGCAGGCGCGCACCAAAAAAGGAUGGGGACGUCAUUCGAAAAGAAAGGAGGCUGCUACGUUGACAAAAAGCUUGAAAACAGAGCCCUCAGUAGCCACAGAAUUGAAGUCGCCCUCUUCACCGGACAGCGCUGCUUUAGCCGGACAAGGGAAACUCAAGAACAAGACAUUGUGGAUCGUUAUCGCCGCUGUGGCGGGCAUCACUCUCAUCGCUAUCAUCAUCAUUAGUGUUAUACUAUGUAAGAAGAGAUCAGGAGAUGACAUUCGGAGAAAACCUCCAACAUACAAGUCCGUCAUUCAAGCGAAUGGCUCAACAAAGAAGAAGAGCAAGGAAGAAAAACCACCAGAUCUGUGGAUCAAUCACACCGAGAACCUUGAUAUGAAACCAGUUCAGACUGUGGAUCCUGCUCCAGAUGUUACCAACAUUACUGCGUCUAUUCCAAGAAGCACUGGGGAAAUGAAGCCGCUCGACGACUCUCCUCUGGACCACAUCAAAAUCGAUCAGGACAGGAGCUCUUUUAUGAAUGGUAGUGAGGCGGAUUGCGAGGAGUUUGAUGACCUUCCUCCUCCUCCUCCAAAGAUCGACAGCGCAGGAAAUCCUUACGUUGAAUACCCUGAAGACAGCAGAACCUCUACGCCUCCCCCUUCGCCUGGAAUGUCACCCCUCUAUCCCCCGCUCAGAGCAUCCACGCCAGAUAAUGUUUACCAGCCCAUGUAUCCGAAAGCACCUACACCCCGUUAUCAGAUGCACCUGCCACGGACCGGCUCAUGCGAGAACAAUAGCCUCGAUGUUGGGGAUCCACGUCCACCGCAGAGAUCCAGAUCGUACGACCCAGACUUCAGAGCUCCAAGUGCCAAGGUACCAGUGUUUCCGAAGCUUCACACGUCUCCUCCGCCAACAUCACCAAAACCCAAAGCCAAACCUCCGGUGGCUCCAGCAGAUGAUAUACAGUUACCUCCGGUAGGUUUUAACCGUAAGACGCCCCCGAAUGGAUACUGGACUCCGCCACCGAAAUAUGAAGAGAUCUUCGCGCGCAGGUCAAAUCCGCCACUGAGUCCGCCAUCUUCGCCGCCCAGAGAUCAGGCUCCAGAGGUAUCGGAGCUUGACAAAGAAAUAGCAGGACUUGAAGGACUUAUGAGAGACUUAAAUGAGAUCACUGCUGGUGAUUACCAAAUUUAACAUGGUUUAAGAGAGUUUGAAUAAUAGAGAAUGUAGGAGAAUUCCUACAGGAUUAUUCCCAGCUAGUAGUGAUGCACUAUGUUCAUUCUGUCCACACGUGCAAGCAGGAGAGUAAGGUCGGUGAAAAAAGAGUGGCCUCCACAUCAGGAGUGAACAUGCCUUCGACGUAACCUGAAGAUAGAAAGAUAUUGAAUCCCAUAAACGAAAGAGUAUAAAUAGCAUUUCUCGUUUAUUAACAAAGAAAGUAAAUUUAUGUAUCUACGUAUUUGUAUCCUAAUAGCUAUAAUAAUGGCUCUUCGCUGCGACUUGAAACAAUUUGCAAUUUGGUAUCGAACGUUUUCUCGAAUUUUGUUGGUUUUACCUCACUUCGCUCUUCGAUUUACCUUUUCAAACUAAUCUUAUGUCAAGCUGGAACCAAUGGCGACUUUGUCAUUUGCUUAAUGUUAACCCUUGUUUUGAUUGGCUAGGGUCAUUAUUGUGAUCUUGGUUUUACGAUAUUCAAUUGAAAGGUGCACUUUUAAUGGUGGUGCAAAAGAAGCAGCUGGCGAGAAUUUCAUCCCUGUGCGAAGACACGGUGUCGAACGCUGCACUCCCUUCGCACACUACAUUUGUUGAAAUCGUUUCAAGGGCUCUAGCGAUACCUUAAUUGCGAUCAGUAACAUGUUUUAUGUACUGGUAGAAUGGCCUACCUUGUCGUCAAAAUAAAUAUUUGAAAAUAUAAUUAACUUUUUUUAAUUGGGAUCUUAUUCAUUUAACGUCAAACAAGAUUAUAUAUAUCUAUAUAAAAAUAUAUAUUUUUGUGUACGAAUGGAGACAAAAUCCAAGAUACUUCUCUGAAAGCCAACUCCGUAUUUUGUUCAUGGAAGAAGUAACACAUUCAGUUAGGAUUUUCUCUGGGAGUAGCUUUUUGCUACAAAGCACUUUUGUCAUGAACCACUAAAAUCUUGGGCGUUUAGAAGUAGUAUUUCUCCUAAGUCCAUCAAUAGAGCAAUUCUCAGUCGAGGUCGCAAUUAGUGCGGAAUAUACUUUGGUCUUGCCUUACCUCAUACGAUGGUCCAGAAAACUCUAGCCAUUUUCUCAGCCAGACAGAUUCAAAACUAAAACGAAACGCGUUUGUGGUCGCUCGUGAUUUUCCGCGCUAGGCACUGUUUUCUUUUUUUCUCAUUGACUACUAAUGAAAAAUUACAUUGGAAAUGCCAGAGUUAUAAAAAAAAUAAAUGUAACCAAAGAUUUUGAAGAAACAUCGAUAUACGCAACUGGGCAGUUAAGGAAUUGAGAUGAGCCAGCAAGUGGCGCUUGCAGUUGGUUUACCAUUUGUUCAAACAAGUGUCGGUAUUUUUGUAAAUAAUGUUCCAGAAAGAUGAGAGGAAACGGUGAUACCUCUGAAAAAGUAAUUUAUGGAUAUAAAGUUGCGCUACCCUAACGUUUUCUCGGUAGAUCAAAUUGUAUAUCAGUGAGUUAUUACAUAGUGAAGACGAGAAAUAAGGGCAUAACGCUGAUACGAUCAGAUCUGUUUUGUAGUUAAACCUUCCUUUAAUUGUAUAAAUUAAAGCUUUCAAGUUCUGCCAAGGUUAUUUCGUAACGUAGAUAAUAGAAGGGUUUUUGUAUUUUUGUAAAAAUAAAUAUUUUUGGUGAACUAGUUACUUACUAAUACGAGUUUGUCGAGAUAUACAUGACGCGUAGUAAAUUUUGCAUGUGGUCUGUUUAACGCUCGAAUCGAUACAUAUCAGAAUUAGAGACUUGUAUGAAUUUAAACUGAAUGAAACUUAUUGGUAUUUGCA